AUGAUUUCCCUAAUUGAUGUCUACCAUGUUGUGGCAGCAACUGUUCCACUGUAUGUUGCUAUGAUUUUAGCUUAUGUUUCUGUGAAAUGGUGGAAGCUGUUCACACCAGAACAGUGUUCUGGUAUAAACAAGUUCGUCGCGAAAUUCUCAAUCCCAUUGCUGUCAUUUCAAGUGAUUUCUGCCAAUAAUCCCUACAAAAUGAACCUCAAACUCAUUCUCUCUGAUGGUCUACAAAAGGCAAUUGCUUUCCUAGCACUGACAGCAAUCACUAAAUUCAGCUCCCAUGGUGGAUUGAAUUCUAUCAUCACAGGUCUUUCACUCUCCACCUUGCCUAACACAUUGAUCCUUGGAAUUCCACUUUUGAAGGCUAUGUAUGCCGAAGAAGCAGGCGCGCUCGUUAGUCAGAUAGUUGUGUUACAAAGCUUAGUUUGGUACAAUUUGUUGCUGUUUCUGUUCGAGUUUCGAGCAGCAAAGGCAGCUUCUGUGACACCUUCAUCAGAAGCAACUGCAGAGGAGAUGGAGGCCCCUAAUGAAGCACAAUCGAAAGACGAAGAAGGGGGUGAAGAAAGAACCAGAAAUCCCAAGAACAUGAAAUCUAUUCUAUUAACAGUUGGUAGAAAGCUCUUUGCUAACCCCAACACUCAUGCAACAUUGUUGAGUCUAAUUUGGGCUAGCAUACACUUCAGAUGGGGAGUGAAAAUGCCAGAAAUUGUUACGCAAUCAAUUUCAAUAAUGGCAAAUGGAGGACUUGGUAUGGCAACAUUCAGCUUAGGCCUUUUCAUGGCGUCACGGCCUAGUAUAAUAGCUUGCGGAGCACGAAUGACAAUGGUAGCAAUGGGACUUAAGUUCCUUGCCGGACCUGCUGUAAUGGCAUUGUCCUCCUUUGUUAUAGGACUAAGAGGCAGAGCUCUCAGAAUAGCAAUUGUGCAGGCAGCUCUUCCUCAAGGAAUUGUUCCUUUUGUUUUCGCCAAGGAAUACAAUGUGCAUCCAGAAAUUCUGAGCACUGCAGUAAUUUUUGGCAUGCUCAUUGCUUUGCCUGUAGCUUUGGCCUACUACUUCUUACUGGAUAUAUAA